GGUAUUGAUCAAUGCACAGCGCAGAGAAGAGAUCCUUUCGAUAGAAAUCUUGUCUAUACCUAAUUAAUACAUCGAGAGAAUUUUUGACGGGAAGGACGCUCGAUGAUUUGUCUGGUCAACAUGCUGUAUUCCGCCACGUUAAUUGUAUUAAUUAGCAUGUUAGUCUUGAUACUUCCAGCUUCAGGAAGUGACACACCUUGUCUCAGUAUCGGUGGUACCUGUCAAGAGGACAAUCUAUCUUGUUCCGGAAGUUACCUAACGGGGUUAUGUUCCGGGGGAGUCAAUAGACGAUGUUGUUCAGGAACUGACACACCUUGUCUCAAGAUCGGUGGUACCUGUCAAGAUGACAAUCUAUCUUGUUCCGGAAGUUACCUAACGGGGUUAUGUUCCGGGGGAGUCAAUAGACGAUGUUGUUCAGGAACUGACACACCUUGUCUCAAGAUCGGUGGUACCUGUCAAGAUGACAAUCUAUCUUGUUCCGGAAGUUACCUAACGGGGUUAUGUUCCGGGGGAGUCAAUAGACGAUGUUGUUCAGGAACUGACGCACCUUGUCUCAAUAUCGGUGGUACCUGUCAAGAUGACAAUCUAUCUUGUUCCGGAAGUUACCUAACAGGGUUUUGUUCCGGGGGAGUCAAUAGACGAUGUUGUUCAGGAACUGACGCACCUUGUCUCAAUAUCGGUGGUACCUGUCAAGAUGACAAUCUAUCUUGUUCCGGAAGUUACCUAACGGGGUUAUGUUCCGGGGGAGUCAAUAGACGAUGUUGUUCAGGAAGUGACGCACCUUGUCUCAAUAUCGGUGGUACCUGUCAAGAUGACAAUCUAUCUUGUUCCGGAAGUUACCUAACGGGGUUAUGUUCCGGGGGAGUCAAUAGACGAUGUUGUUCAGGAAAUGACGCACCUUGUCUCAAUAUAGGUGGUACCUGUCAAGAUGAUGACCAGUGUUGCUCAGGAAGUUACAUAUCGGGGUUAUGUUCCGGGGGAGCCGAUAGACGAUGUUGUUCAGGAAAUGACGCACCAUGUCUCGAUAUCGGUGGUACCUGUCAAGAUGACGACCAGUAUUGCUCCGGAAGUUAUGUAUCGUGGUUAUGUUCCGGGGGAGCCAAUAGACGAUGUUGUUCAGGCUGUAUACCUACAGGAAGUGACGCACCUUGUCUUCAUAUCGGUGGUACCUGUCAAGAUGACAAUCUAUAUUGUUCCGGAAGUUACGUAUCGGGGUUAUGUUCCGGGGGGGUCAAUAGACGAUGUUGUUCAGGAAAUGACGCACCAUGUCUCAAUAUCGGUGGUACCUGUCAAGAUGACAAUCUAUAUUGUUCCGGAAGUUACGAAUCGGGGUUAUGUUCCGGGGGAGCCAAUAGACGAUGUUGUUCAGGAAAUGACGCACCAUGUCUCAAUAUCGGUGGUACCUGUCAAGAGGACAAUCUAUAUUGUUCCGGAAGUUACGAAUCGGGGUUAUGUUCCGGGGGAGCGAAUAGACGAUGUUGUUCAGGUCCUUACAGCGGAAUGUGUUCUAACGUCAAAGUGUAUUCCCGCGCCAGUUGGGGCGCCCAAUCUCCAACGCAAGUUAGCACUAUGAACACCCCAGUCGGUCUCUUCUUCGUCCAUCACACGGAAGGACAUGCCUGUCACGAUUUCACUUCCUGUACAGCACAAAUGCGCAAUAUCCAGAACUAUCACAUGGCUACAAGAGGCUGGUCAGACAUCGGAUACAGCUUCCUUGUUGGUGAGGACGGUGCUGUCUAUGAAGGCCGCGGUUGGAAUCACGUGGGAGCACACACCCAGGGCUACAACAGCCGGGGACUUGGCGUCGCCAUCAUGGGGGAUUUCAUGCAUAGAAAACCAAAUAACGCAGCCUUAAAUGCGAUCAAAAACCUGAUACAAUGCGGUAUUAACCACGGUUACGUCACCUCUGGUUACAGUCUCUAUGGACACCGUGAUGUCGGUACCAGUGAUUGUCCAGGAGAUGCUCUGUAUAAUGAAAUAACAACGUGGUCACAUUACAACACCCAAGCACCACAAAAGUGAUGAAUGCUAUGUAAUGAAAGCAGUAACUGCGAAAAAUAUAAAUAUCAUGAAAAUCUA